AUGUCGUCUCUCAUUGAUCGCGCCAAAGACACCAUUGCCGAGAACUUUGGCGGCUCUUUCGACAAGCUCGCCUCUCACCAAUUCUCCCUCGACAGCGACACACCCGACCUCUCGGGCAAAGUCGCUGUCGUGACGGGUGGCGCUGAGGGCGUCGGCUACGGUAUCACACACACGCUUCUCAAGCACGGCGUCGCCAAGCUCUUCAUCCUUUCCGUGUCCAAGGAUGUUGUCAGCGGAUCCAAGGAGGCUGUGGCCAGGGAAAUGGACCAGGCGACGGCGAACCGCAUCGUGUGGAUGAAGUGUGACUUAUCCGAUUGGACUGGAGUCAAGGAUGUGUCUGAUAAAAUAAAGAACUCGACGGACCGGCUGGAUAUCCUGGUCAACAACGCUGGGCGUGGCAUCAUGUCGUACGAGCUCACCGAUUAUGGCGUCGACAGACAUAUGGCGGUCAACCACAUGGGCCACGUUGUUCUCACGUCGCACCUUCUGCCUUUGAUGAAGAAGACAGCCGAGUCGACGGGCGGCGGCCACUCCAAUUUCGUACGCAUCGUCAACCUGGCGAGUAACAUGCACCAGAGCGUGCCGGACGAUCUGCAAUUUGCGAGCCUCGACGAGCUCAACACGGACCUCGGGCCGAAUCAGCAGUACGGACGGAGCAAGCUGGCAGGUAUGUUGUACGCGCGGUACUUUGAUUGUAAGGUGACCAAGAAUGGACAUCCCAACGUCUUGAUGAAUGCGACGCACCCGGGCAUGCUAAUUUUCACCAUCCGAAGCUAUCCCCUCGCCGGGUACGGCAUGUCUGUCGGCCUUGAACCGUUCAAGAAGAACCAAUUCGAAGGCGCCAUGAGCACCGUCUUUGCAGCCACCAAGAUCACGGGGUCGGGGCAGUAUAUCUGUCCGCCCGCCGUACCCGAGCCGGGAAGUAAGGCGUCGCAGGCUAGCGGAUCGGCUGAUGGAGUUGACGCGCAAGGUGGUUAUGGCCAAGACGCGGAGCGAGUCGGCGGGUCAAGGAUGUCCAGUUGA